AUGUGGUUGGCGUCAUGUUUCAGCCGGUCUCUUGUGGAUGUGUUUCAGGAGAUCCUGCUCUGUCUGCUGGAUCACUUCAAGCGGAUCAUCCACCGGUCGGAGGGGAACAAGAUGACCGUGCACCAGCUCGCCUCGUGCCUGGCGCCGGUGCUGCUCUUUCCGUCGCCAGAGUCGGCCCGUGAUCUGGAUCCCGGCAUUCUGGAGCCGAGAACCAUGACUCAGAUGCUCCAGUACAUCCUCGAAAUCUGGCCCGAGGCUCGUCCCACUUCCGAGUCUGGCUCCGGCUUCGGCUUCGGCUUCGGCUUCGGGGCCGCGCAUCCGCCGGCCGCCGCGGACCUGCGCGGACUGCGCUACAGCCUGGGCGAGGCGACCGGCCGGCCCGUCUUCGCGACUCGAACCAGC